CUAGCUCCCUAGCUCCAUUACAUUCCAUUAUUGACAGCUCGCAAUGUCCCUCGAUACUCCCAGAUACCUUUCGGAGCUUUUCUUGAACAUACGUGGCCGUUCUAUUGCUUGGGAUGCUCACGUCCGCGCUGGCUUGAUUACAGAUUCAGAUGUCAGAAAGAUCAAAGCAAUCGAUAAGGCAUCGAAGGAGAAGCAGGUUAGCGUGGUUGAGAAAGAUGUCGACGGCUACGCUGCACUCGUCCUAAGCCCCGGAGGAGUGUUGAGGAAAGCUACGGAUGGAAAGAGAGUGGAUGUCGUGGCUUAUAUGCUCGUGUUAUUAGGUGAUCUUUUGGAGGGUGUUCCCGCGUUCACCGACUCUCUCUUAUCUCUUCCUCAACCAUUUGCUCAUCUCCUGUCACUGCUAUCACACACGGAUGAAUCAACACCCCUCCUCAGCGCAUCUGUCCUUACUACGCUUCUUACCGCCUACCUGAAAUCUUCAGUAAAGCCCUCUAGCGAUGCCCGAGAUGCUCUUCCAAAACUGUACCGUUUUUUCGCAGGCCUCACCGAAUCACCAGACGGACAUCUCCAAGAUAUAGCCAUUCAAUCUUAUGUUUCACUAUUGAGAAGCACGUUUGCUAGGACCACUUUCUGGGACAUGGAGGAGGAGACUGUGGCUCCUGUAGUCAAGAUCUUGGAGACGGCGGCUGCUGGAAAUGGCAGUGGGAGUGACAGAGUCACAGGUGUCACUGGUGGGACUGGCAUAGUUCAAGGAGGGGUGGGGUUGCAGUUGCUGUAUCAUGUUUUACUUGUGAUUUGGGAACUCACGUUCGAAGAGCUGGUGGCUGAAGAAAUUAAUCCGAAAUAUGAUGUGAUUCCCCCCAUAGCUGAAAUACUCCGUUUAUCAUUGAAGGAGAAAAUCACCCGAUUGGCUCUUGCGAAUCUUGCAAACCUUGCUACAGAAUCACCAUCUACCAACCUACCACCUCUUCUUCUCUCGAAUAUACUUCCAUACCUUCAGCAACUUUCUUCACGCUUUACUCCCGCAUCCGACCCAGAUAUUACAGCCGACCUUUCGUCCCUAAUCGAAGCCUUGGACUCUUUCCAAUCCUCACAAACAACACUCUCAUCCUACCGACUUGAGAUUAUUUCUGGUCAUCUCCGCUGGUCCCCGCCUCAUCGCAAUGAAGGUUUCUGGAAAAGGCAUGCAAGAGAGAUUAUGGAUGACACAGAGCUUGUGAAGGCACUUUCUCGAGUUUUUAGCAGCAGCUCAGACAAGACUGUACUAGCCGUUGCUGCGAACGAUGUUGGGGUUUUGGUUAGAGAAGCCCCUGGGAGUAGAAAGAAGUGGGAAGAGGAAGGUGUUAAGUCUAGGGUUAUGGAAUUGAUGGGUGAUAGCGACCCGGAGGUCAGAUAUGAGGCUUUGAAGGCAGUACAGGGAUUCCUGGCCAAUGCUUUCAGUUAGGUAGCGAGCGAAUUAGACAGCUAGGCCUGAAGCAUUGGUUGCAUCGGAUAUACGUUUUCUGAAGGGGUUUAUUAUUAUUUUCAACCGGAGGGACACUGUAUAUAAGCAAUCCGUCUCGGUCUGUUACGAUAUGAUACCUUUUUGCA